AUGGGAUUCCUAUACUUGGUGGUAUUAGCAGUAACCAUAGUGAGCAAUGAACUUGGGAAGGGGGUGGACGGCUUCGCCUGCAACUGGGGAACACGUUCAACUCAUCCCCUCCCCCCCAACAUAGUUGUGCGGCUGUUGAAGGACAACGGAUUCGACAAGGUGAAGCUGUUUGAAGCUGAUCCUGGUCCUCUCAAGGCCCUCGGCAAUUCUGGCAUCCAAGUUAUGGUCGGCAUCCCCAAUGACCUCCUAGCAUCCCUCGCAAGCGACGCCAACGCCGCCGCCGCCUGGGUCUCCCAGAAUGUCUCCUCUUACGUUUCCAGAUAUCGUGUCGAUAUCAGGUAUGUUGCUGUGGGCAAUGAACCAUUCCUGAAAAGCUACAACGGCAUGUUCGUCAACUCCACCUUCCCAGCACUCCGAAACAUUCAGGCGGCUCUGACAAAUGCAGGGUUAGGCCGUCGAGUGAAGGCCACCAUCCCUCUCAACGCAGAUGUGUAUCAGAGUGAUUCUGGCCUUCCUUCCGGCGGCAACUUCAGGCCUGACAUUCACGGCCUCAUGAUCUCCAUCAUCAAGUUUCUCUCCCAAAACGCUUCUCCUCUUUCCAUUAACAUCUACCCCUUCCUCAGCCUCGACGCCGAUCCCAACUUCCCCAAAGAAUUCGCCUUCUUCGAUGGCUCCGCUCCCCCCGUGGUGGAUGGCUCCGUUACUUAUACCAAUGUGUUGGAUGCCAACUUCGACACCCUCAUUGCAGCUCUGGAGAAGAAUGGUUUUGGUUCCAUGCCAGUCAUGAUCGGAGAGGUGGGAUGGCCCAGCGACGGAAGCUCCAAUGCCAACUUAAGAAAUGCGCAGAGGUUCAAUCAGGGCCUUGUGGAUCGCAUAGUGAAGAAGGAGGGAAGUCCCAGGAGAGCUGCCCCGCCAGAUAUAUACAUAUUUGCACUUGCUGACGAGGAUGCCAAGAGUAUUGAUCCGGGCAAUUUUGAGAGACACUGGGGCAUAUUCAACUACGACGGAUCCGUAAAAUACCCGCUGAGAAUGGGGAAUGGGAAAGCACUGGUGGGUGCCAAAGGAGUGAGGUAUCUGCCAAAGAGAUGGUGCGUGCUAUCACCUCAAGCAGGCGUGUCCGACCCCAACAGUUUGGGACAGAGUAUAAACGAAGCCUGUGCGCGUGCUGAUUGCACCAGUCUUGCUCCUGGCUCGUCUUGUGCAGGAUUGGACCCCAGGACCAACGCUUCAUAUGCAUUCAACUCCUAUUUCCAGACCAUGAAUCAAAGUAGAGAUGCUUGUCGGUUCAACAACCUGGGAAUCAUCACCAAUGUAGAUCCUUCGCCACGCCAAGGUAGCUGCAGAUUCAAGAUCAUGAUCGACACAAGGAAGCAUCAAAAUAGGACCAUCCCCACCACACCCUCCUCUCGCUCCCCUCCUGCGUCUGCACCAACAGAGCAGCCCUUGCUCGUGCUGGCAUCAGGCUUCAUCCUCUUCAUCGUUUACUGUUAUAGCGCUCUCUAAGUUAGAUUCUGAACGCCAUCUGGGAUGAAACUAUGUGAAGAAAUGGGAUGGUUUAAUUCUUUAUUUGUGUUUAAGAAUAAUAAUUUGUGAAUGAUGCAUGAGAGUAUUGAGAUGUGUAUCGCAUCGAAAAGUCAUGCACACAAUCUCCCCUUCAUUCCGCAGUUUAAAGUUGAAAUACUCGUACAUGUGAGGUGAUCAGUAAGUAGGACGAAACUUGGUUUUGUUGGUCAUGCAUUUGAGUUUAUAUGAAAUUUUAAAGAUAAUAAGACUUAUUCUUCACACUUA